AUGGCGCACAGCAUCGCGAUUGAGCCCACAAAGCCUACCGCGCCUACUCCCCUCGGAGUAGCGCAAGCGAGACCCCUUCCGCCAUCUCCAGCUUACCCCACACCUGAGAGCGCGGACAGAGGAAACAAGCGACAUGACGCAGAGGUAAAACACGGGAUCGAUGUCAAGUACCCAGUCGCAAUGCAGGCAUACGACCCCCAGGACAUGUUCUUUGCGAAAUCUUACAUCAAGUCCUGGACAAAAGAACAGUCGGCGAAAGAAUAUGACAGGCUGGCAGGAACGUAUAUGGCACUGAGACAUGAACACAUCUCCGUCCUUGUCGACCAAGACAACAACGAGAAGAACGCACGCCGCCAGGUAGUCGACUCGCGCCAAUCCCUCGCAAACGUUGCUUUGGAACUCCGAAGCAGCUACACCGGGAAAGCACCAGGAUCAUUCACACCACAAGAGGCACAGCAUAUCCUCAAUCUGUACAAGUACGACUGUAUCAAAGACAUGAAAGGCGCCACACUGGCGGCUACCGGCGCGAACCUCGAAGAAUUCGGCAUCGACAAGACCAUCGUUACGCAGGCGUACGAUCUACCUGGCGAUAGAUCGUGGUUUGAGGAGAUCAGUGACAACUGGAAGGACGCUGCCAGAGAUGUACUUGUGGACAGCAGCAUGACUCUCGGCAUCAUCGAGGAAGCCCCACCCCGGCGCCAAGUGAGCUUCCCGCCGGCGCGUACGAAAGGCCGUAUCACCCUGCCAUCAUCGCUCGUAUCUUCUCGGCCUGUCGACGUAUAA